AUGGACAAUAUGAAAUUCUUUUUCUUUUACCUACUUAUCCUCGUCCUCCGUCUACAUGCAGGAAGGUGCGAUAAUGAUAAUGAUAUGAAUGCUAACGCUGAGCAAAUUGGAGCUUCUAGGAUACAAAAUAAUCUGCAAGGCUACAAUUCCAAUUCGAACGAUGUAUCUUAUGAUGACGGAACGACUUCAUCAAUUGGAGCCUCAGACGAUAAUUCCGGUCAUAGCCAGUCCGAUGAGCAAAUCAUUCAUAAUGAUGACAAACAACUCGAUGAAGAUGAAAAUGGGGAAGCUUCACAUCAGAAUUUGAACCUAGACGUUAAACAAUCGCUAGACGUCGAGCUAAAUGAAGCAGUCGAUGAUAUAAAGAAAGAUACUGAUAAAUUACCGGUAGUCCCGCAAAAUAUGGUAAAGAAUGAACAAACUACUGAAAUCGAUGUUGAUAACAUGAAGGCCAAAAUAACUACGGAAAAGGAGGAAGAUACAGCUAUGCCAUCCUUUGAAGAAUGGAAAAAGAAACAGUUUGAAGAUAGCAUGAAGCGAGGGCAUCACAAUUCUAUAUCAGCUAGUAACAAUUUACCUCGUAAAAACAGACAACCGUCUCAAAAUAACUACGCUUCUUCUAGUUGUGGGGCAAAGAUUGUUGAAUCGAACUCUGAAGCUAAAAAUGCCGAAGGAAUAUUAAUAGGUGAUAAAGAUGUUUACAUGAAUAACCCAUGUUCAGCGAAUAUUUGGUUCGUAAUUGAACUAUGCGACCACCUCAAGAUAGAAUCAAUCGAAAUAGCCAAUUUAGAAUUGUUUUCAUCUAGACCAGAGAGCUUUCGUGUGUCUAUAAGUCAAAGAAAUCCUACCCGUGAAUGGAAAGUAAUAGAUACUUUUAAGGCCAAAGACGAAAGAAAGAUUCAGAGUUUUGCGAUGGAUAUAGACGACUUUGCAAGAUUUGUUAAAGUUGAGAUACUUUCAGUUUUUCGAGAUGAACAUUAUUGCCCAUUAACCUUUUUUCGUGUACUGGGAACUACCUGGGUUGACGAUUUCGAUGAUUCUGAAACCGCUGAUAAUGAUUUGGACGGGCAAGAUACAUCUAUUAAAGUGAAUUCAUCUCAACAGAUAGAUAAUUCCACAAAUGAGAAAUCUGACGUAGUACAAGAGUCUAACAAAGGGAAUAAAUCUACAAUUAUGGGAUUAGGCUUAGAUGCUGUCAUAACGAUAGUUAAAAAAGUCGGUGAAGCGUUUACUAAACGUAGUAGAAAUGAAACUACGAGUGAUCAUGCUAUCGGAAAUGAUAAUCAUAACCUUACAGGAUAUUUCCCUAACUACGACAUUUGCUACAUAAAAAAUGAAACACUGAGUUUGUAUUGGUAUCUUAUGGUAAAGUAUAAUCGUAAAUUUAUCGAAGCAAUUGUAAAUGCAACUUCGAAAUCUAGUCAGAAAAUAUCUAAUGAGAACGAAAAGAACAAAUUAGGGGAUUCCGGAAAAAAAAUUACGGCAAACAGAUACGUCAGUAAUGAUAAAAGUAUUGAAGAUGUUUCUAUCCGAACAUUCAAUUUUAUGCCAUUCACAGAAUAUUGUCAAUUUUUGGACUUGCCUUUUCGCGCUAUUUUCGGCAGUUAUGUUGAAGAAAUUGCUUCAAUAUUUUACUUGCAUCACUGUCUAAGUUGUUGUGUAAUCAUAAAUGAUCCAUUGUAUAAUACAUCUACGAUCAAAAAAUUCGAUAAGUUAUCUAAUUUAAUUCCAAACAAGCCUAUAAAUGAAGUCUCUUCAAUCGAUCUUUCUCCUCUUGCGCAAUUGACGUAUUCUAUGAAUUCAAUUAAUCAACCUUCUGAACUCGAGCUCAAGUCUGAUACUGUUUCUACGCUAGAAUUUGAUAAAUCGAUUGAACUUAUCAUGCAAACAAAUCUACCCAUGCAAGAAUCACAGCCAGUUAUUAAUAUUCAAUCAAGUAGAACAACGGUACAAGAACAAAGUGGCUCCGAUUACUUGCUGUCUCCAGGAAGUAAGGCAUCUGUUGUUAAUAAAAUGAUAUCUACGAGCGAUGGCUUCGAAAAUAUAGAUCACGAGUUCUCAACAGUAUCUUCGAUACUGCAACCAAGUGUUACUGUAGAUAGCUCAGAAUAUAAAUCUAAAGUUGCUAAUGUCGAUUCUAAUAAGAGACGUGAUGCAAGUGAAUCGACAUCUAACUCUAAAAAUGAAACUACGCCAUCAUCAAAUUUAACUUCGGUUGGUGGUUCUAUCCAGUCCACGCUUGAAAAAUUAUUAAAUGUUGACUUUGAUUAUGAUUUAGAUAUCGAUUUUAGUCCUUCAGAAUCAGCAACAGUUCAUAAGACUGGCGCUAAUCGAGAAUCAGUAUUAACACGUCUUAAUAACAGAAUUAAGACUCUGGAAAAAAACUACAAAUUGACAACUUUGUAUUUGGAAGAUUUUAGUAAAAAAUUUGUCAAAAGAUUGGAUGACGUCCAGAAAGCAUCUGAUAAAAGAAUGAAUCUUCUAACUUCUCUGAUUGAGCAAAAUACUAAGUCAGUUCAAUCAUUAAUGAAUAGAUUAAAUCAUUUAGAAAUUAAUUUAGAAGAUAUUACAAAUGAAAUAAGGUCAAUUUCUGAAAAAAGCCAUCAUAAAGGAUUUGGUGAAACCUCCGUUUGCUUAUUGAUCGAAAUCAUGUGUGUGUUGAUUGUAUUAUGUUUCGUUUUCUCAAGCAAACAGAAGAGAAACAAUACUAGACACUAA